AAUACCGCGCGGUGCACAGUGGCCUCCUCCCGCGCCAGCCCGCCAGCUGCCGCUGCCGCCCCUGCCAGCGCCUCCCGCCACCCGCCGCGGCCCGGUGAGCGCGCCAGCGGCCGGGGACCGGGCGGAGUUGGAUCGCACCUCCUCGGGGAAGUGGGGAGUGGAGUCGUGCUGCGCUUAGGGGCCCGGGAAGGGUUGGGCUGCGGGCGUGUGGGGUGACCAUGAAGGACUGGAGCGCUGGGGUACGGGAACGGGGUACAGAACCCUCAUCUAGUGCUCUGCUCCACGAGGGAACUUGAGGGUAGUAGCAUUUAAGACCGCAAGCAGCUGGGUCCAGGUGGGUAGGGGAACCUGCGGCUCACUGCUGAGCAGACCUGGGCUCCCGCGAACGGCCCUGCCUCUGGAGCUGACUUUGGGGUAGGACAGGGAGUUGUGGGGCGUCCUGCCUCCCUGCGGAGUCUGAAGGCUCCUCUCCUUAACAGCUGGGCUCUUUCCCUCCUUCCCAAUUGAGUCUGGGCGCCAAGCCCCCGAGUGCUCGUCACGCUGGACCCUGGCGCGGAGCCCUGGCAUCACGACUCGGAGGCUGAGACUCUCUCCUGGAGUCACCCAGGUCUGCUGUGUGUUGUGUGGGUGCGUGAGUGUGUAUGCUUGUAUGUGUGCGUUCCCAAAUUUUAGCUCUUGUCGAAGUUCAGAGUGCGUGGCUACUGCCUUCUCCUGGGAGGAGGAGUCUUAAAUUCAGCAUCCCUGUUAGAGCCCUUAGGGGCUGGGAUGGCUCCAGAGCGCUUUGGUUCCCCUUGCUAGGAAUAAAGCCUUCCCAGGCAGUCCUCUCAGGAAGUGUGCUCCUCCUACCAGUUUGGACAUUACCUCCUCAGCAAGGGGAGAAGAGGGUCUCUUUACCUAUCCCAGUUUACACUUGACCUUGCCCAGCUCCCCUCUGGAGGCUCCCACUUACAGAAGAGCCACCUGCAGUUCCUGUGGAGAAUGGGUAGGGUCCUCAGGGCUUGCAAAGACACACCCUAUGGCUGCAUUUCCCCCACAGUCCAGUCCAGGCAAGGCUUGAACUUUGGGGCUUUGCUGGGAGGAGGAGGGGGAGGGGGAGGGGGCUGGCUUCAAAGGAAGAACCAAGACAAUGACUCCUGCUUGUGAUUAGGUUUGGAGGGCCUCUUCUUAGGCUGGGAUUGCCAGCUUGUAGAGAGAAGGUUGAGGGCCAGAGGGGAGCCCCUGCCAGGUGACUGGCAAGAUAGCGCUCGGUCCUUUCAGCCGGAAACUUUGUUUCCUGGUGCUGAUAAGCUGAAGAUCUCCUACCCUUCUUUGGGAAACACUUCCCAAAGAACACCACAUGCCUGUUUUGCCAUCCGAGUGGGCGUCUCCUCACCAGGGAAGAGGACAAAGAUAGGAUCACACAUUGCUCAUGGACUGGUUGGGAUGGAGGGAGUUGAAGCAAGCACCUCAGAGAGAGCUUGCAUUUGGGAAAGCCAAGAUUCUGAAUUUAACUGAGAUUCCUUUAAGUACUUUACCAAGCCACAGACCAUUUGGCUUGUUCUUCAAAGGCAAGAGAUGGAGAGACAAAAUUCCCAGGGGAUCGCUCAGUGAGUCUGGCAGUGACAAACAGUGUCCCUCUGUAUCCUUAACCAUUCAGGUAGUUGCUGCUUCGGGCUGCCCCAGGGGUCCUAACAGGUUCCUCCUGUGUGUGUAGGGGGCUGAGUUGGGAGCUAAAGAUGCUGGGUGGCUCCAAACUCAGACUUCCAAGAGCCAUCAGGUGGAGCAAGAGGAACUUCUUUAUCACCAAGAAACUCAUGCCAACAACCUGAGUAGUAUACAGGCGGUGAGUGAGGUCACAGAAAGAGGGCUGAAUUUCACUUCCUUCUGUGAGGAAGGUUAUACCAAUCUCACGUUCAGCGCUGACAGGAAUGGUAGGCUGUGGGAAAAGAAGAUUGAAGUCAUGGAGACUCGUGAGUAGUCAUGGAGGCUAGUGAGCUGGGGUGGGGGAGGCUGGCCACCUGCCGGAUGUUGGACCUACCAUCUAGGCCAAGCUGUGGUGGGCAGACAGCUCCCCUUUGCUGUGAGGGCAGUGUCUAACUUGGGUCUUUCUGCCCUUUCUUCCAGGACACACUCUUACCACAGCGUGGAGCCUGUUUGUUGUGUUGAGCAAGCAGGGGGUGGAGACUAGAGGAGAUGGGCAGCUGGGCGGGGCCUAGCAGGUUUGGAGGGAACCUGGCUGCCCUCGGAUUGCUGGCUUUUGUUUUUGCUGCUGAGCCUGGAGCUCAGCUCAGACUGGGAUGAGAGCUUGGUGGUUACUUCUCAGGGCAGUGAGUGAGUGAGUGAGUGUGUGUGUGUGUGUGUGUGUGUAGUGACCACUGUGUGUACAGCCAGUCACAGCACCCUCUGCCCUCCCACAGCCACUCGCAGGGCCUAGUCUUGUUGACAUUUCCCCGGGUGUCCUGAGUACUUGCCGUGGUUGAUCAUGCCUCUGCUAUUGCUCAGAGUCAAUUGCAGUCAGACUUCAUGACCAGAACCAGCCCGGGUCAGAAGAAAAGGCCAAGGUGGGAGUGGCUCUGGGAAGGCCCAGGGAGGAGGUGUGGAGCCUCCUUGAGCAGUGAGGCAGGCCACAUUUGGGGAGGGUGUCAUCCUCAGUGGUACUUUAUCACCAGGUCGUUUGUCAUCAGUAUCGGGCCCCACUUCCCCCAGGUAGAAGGGAAAGGAGAAAGGAAAGGGGGAGUCCUUCAGGUUCGGCCUUGGGGCAGGGGACAGCACCCCAGAUGCCUGCAUUGCACCCCAGCAGGGGAGAUGGAGCCGCCUCAGUGUGUGGAGGAGCUGGAGGAUGAUGUGUUCCAGCCAGAGGAUGGGGAGCCGGGGACCCAGCCUGGGAGCUUGCUGUCUGCUAACCUGUUUGCCCAGAGCCAGCUGGACUGCCCCCUCAGCCAUCUGCAGCUCUUCCCUCUCACCCACUGCUGUGGUCCUGGGCUUCGACCCACCAGCCAGGAAGACAAGGCCACCCAGACCCUCAGUCCGGCCUCCCCGAGUCAGGGUGUCAUGCUGCCUUGUGGGGUGACCGAAGAACCCCAGCGACUCUUUUAUGGCAACGCUGGCUACCGGCUCCCUCUCCCUGCCAGUUUCCCUGCAGGCUUGCCCCUUGGUGAGCAGCCCCCUGAAGGGCAUUGGCAGCAUCGAGCAGAGGUACAGAUUGCCCGAAAGCUUCAGUGCAUUGCAGACCAGUUCCAUCGGCUUCAUAUGCAGCAACACCAGCAAAACCGCCGUCGAGUGUGGUGGCAGAUUCUCCUCUUCCUACACAACCUGGCUUUGAAUGCAGAAGAGAACAGGAAUGGGGCAGGUCCCAGGUGAGGCUGGGCUGCCCUCCUCGCAUGGGGCACCACAGGAAGGACAUCAGCGAGGACUGAGCCCGCGUCUUGUGAAGUUUAUUCAUUGCUGUUUUGUGUUUGCAUUUUAAGUUUCUGUGUACAUAAGACGUACCCAAGUGAGACCUCUUUCCCUGUUCAGGACCUCACCAGGAAUGAGGGCCUUUGUCAAACACUGUUGAAGUAGAGGCUGAUGUGUCUGUGAUGUGGGACCUCCCAAGGGCUCUGACAAGUCAAGUCUUCAGUGAGCCAUUGAAGAUGACCAGGUAGUGAUGUUCUCCAGCGAGUGGACUGUAGUUUUCCCAUAGGAGCUUGGUUAAGAAAUUAGGAGACUGGAUUAGACUCCUGGUUGCACCAAAACUAUCAGCCUUCUACUGUGGACAUGGACGGGGCCAAGACCUGACAGUCACACUGCCUUCAAUCCCCCAGGGCCUCAGCCAGGGGCUUUCCAGCUGAGCAACUUCACUAGGCCAGUCCCGUAUCUGGGUUCUCCUUUGGCCCAGCCAGUGCCUGCCCCAAGGGCUCAGGGAUUCUCGCCCAGCCCCUGUCAUCUCCAGCAAGACCUCAGGGAGGGUUGGGUUUCUCCAAGGACCCCCUCACAUAUGCCGCAAAAUGAACCAAACUUCUGGGUAGGCCUCAAGUCUUACUUGGUCUCGCCCAGAGGCCCCAGGAUUGGUCCCGAGGUGCCAAACCUCUGCCACCUCUAGCUGCCUGGGACUGGCUGGGUGUCAACCACGGAUGAGCCACAUAGCCAAUGAACAUGCCACAGACAGCAGCUUGUGCCUUCGUCAGCUCUUCUUUCAAAAGAGCCAGCCAACACACUGCUUUCCUCCCCCAGGAUCAGCACUCUAGAGCAUGAAGGGGCAGGAUUACGGUGGGGCUGGGAAAUGCGGUGGCCAUCCCAUCUAUAAUAGGAGUCAGCCCUCGAGGAACCCAGACCCCCUGGUUUCCUUGGAAACAACAUACCUCCUCCCGCUUAUCCCCAUUCCUUUUUCACACCUAGUGGGAUACAGGCAGAAGCCAGCACAGUGGCUUUGUCAGCUGAAAUGUGUCUUUUAGAGUAACCGACAAUGAUUAGAGUGUGGAAACGGCAGAGCUGGGUACACGUUUCCUGUCUUCCUUCAGCUUCCAGCUAGGCCAGGAGGGCGUGCUCUGGAGCUCCGUGGGAUCACAGCUGCCUCUGAACUUCCCUCCUCUCCCUGCUGUGGCACUAAUGGAGAGAAUUUAAAGCAGCCAGUCUAGCAGCUCUGAUAGUAGAUGCGGGGAAUCUGGAAAGACACGGGGAAUCUGUUAACCAGACACCGCAGAAAUUAAAUUAUAAUUUUUGCAUAUGUACGACAAGAUAACAUUGGUGCUAAUGUGAAGCAAGGCCCAAAGAAAAGGCAGAGAAGACCUCAGGGCUCCCCAGGGAAAUUGGAAGAGCCCAAGUAGACUCUUAACUCUAAAGAAGUCCAAGCUCCUCCAGUUCUACAGAGAGGAGGUCUUCAGUACUGUUGAAGGAAGCAUUAAUCUACUGGAUGUACAGUUGGGCAGGUUGUUCACUGCACAAGGGCACCUGCAGAAGAAGAGAAUAGAUGCUAAAGUCCAGCUCAUGCUCUGCCCGCCAGGCUACAUGCCCUGGUGUCAGGCUAUGUCUGCUCAGAGGAAGGGGUGCCUUUCCUAAUUUGCACGAAGGUGCCAUAUGGGCUCACAGUGGCCCUGAGGUGAAGGACCUCAAACUGUGCAUUAGCCUUUGUUUUGUUCUGCUUGGAUGUUCUGAGGUAUUACCUCUUCUUGGCUAGAAUUCCAUUCUCAGGGUGUGUACCAUGGUUUGUCUGCUAAGAAGAUGGGUUCCUGCUUACAAGAAGGAGCCCAGGGAACAGGUGAAGACCGGCUCUGGGACACGCUGACUAUUGUGAAAUGCAGCCUUUCUUGCGUGUCUCCACGCCAUUUUAUGAUGUGCAUCGGACAUGUGUCGUUUCCCCCCCUCUCCUGGACCGAGACUAUGACGGGCAGGGUGCUGAUGUGUGCUCCAGUGGCACACAUAAGAAAACCACGAUUAUUUCUGCCAGCCGCUUUGAACCCCUCCUAGUAGACUUCCCACCUAAGCUGAAUGAGAGAGCAAAGAAAUAGUCUAGGUGCCGAGAGGCAAAGCCAUCAGCUUCAGAGAUCUUGCUGGCCCAGGCAGGAUGUCCUGUGGCCUGCCCUGAGAACUGAGCCCAGAGUUUGACAAGCCCACCUGAACAUUGAGCCUGGGGCCAGGUGGAGGGUGGUCUGACUAGCUGUCUCCAUUUUAGGUGACGCCAGGAACUAGCUCACUUUCCUAAGCAAGCUGGGGCAAAAUUUUAAACCCCUCCUUCCUCUUCCCCAAAAAACACCCAGGAGGUAAAUAGCCCCAGGAAGGAGAGAGGUUCCUCCUGACUGGCUGUUUUUAAUUGGCCUAGUGAUCUAGACUGGCCCCUUCCCCCUCGGCCUGCUGAGUUGGUCUGAACAUUCCUCAAGACCAGCCUCAGGAGACACAUCCCUCCCUCUGGGCCCCCUUUCCCCAUCCCCCCACCCCGAGGAGCAUGGCUGUGUGUAGUUAGGGGGUGGAGAAUCAGAUUUGGAGGGAGGGAGACUCUGACCUGCCUCCUGACCUGUAACCAGCUGAAGACUUAUGGAGUUGUUGUGGUUUGCCGAGGGUGAGGGGUGGGAGAGGGGCUGGAAAUGUUCCUUUCAUUAUAGAAAAGCCCUGGAGGGAGGAAGCCUGAUAUUCAGGGUCAAAAUAGCCCUUCUAAUUCAGAACCCUAGAGUAGGGGUUUCUGGAAGCUGGUAGACAGAACUGGGAGAAAACCCCACCCAGGCCAGACAUCUGACCCCUUCAGUGGGUUGGAGGACCUGAACUGGCCUCUCUGCCUUUGCCUGCUUCAAAGUUUGGGCUGCUGGAGAGCUGUCCCCGUGGCCUUUUCUUGCUUAGUCCAAGGGAGCGAAAGAUCACCUCCCAGUGACCUCUCCAAGCCCUGAGGGGUGUGGGUCUGUGUCCAGAACUUACGUGUCAGGCGUGCUCAGAGGGACCCAGCUGACUUGUCUCACUGCCCCCAGUGGCCCAGCCUCAUACAAGGAUGGCUCCAGCCGGGGCUUGGCAGGGAGGGGCUUGUUUGGGAUGGUCAGCCAGGGCCUCCACCGGAAGCUGGAGAGCCACUGUGCCUGUCCUGGUCAGCAAGGAGCACACUGAGAGCUGGCAAGCUUGUGUCGUCUGGUAGACUUGAUGAAGAGGGGGUAAGGAGAGUGGAGAGCAGCAAAAACAGAAAGACUUCUGCCUUCACGGUUCAGCGGGGCUUCUGGGAAUCAGUGUUCAGCCUGGGCUGCAAAAAGCUACAGGGCCCUCUGGGUGCUGAACCCUGGCUGGACUCGGUCCAGGAAGGGGUUAACUUAUCAGCCUUCGAGGCUUGUGGGCACACUGUGGGCAGGGGGCACAUCGGCUGGUGGGGACUUUGAGCUUUGAGGGAGUAACACAGAAAGCCGAGCUCUUCCAUAGAUGCACCAGCCUUGCAGGCACAGGUGCUGAGAACAGGCUCCGGGUCUCCCCGCCCCCCCACCUCCCCACACCCUCGCUGCCUGCACAAGUGGCCAGCGCCUCUCCCUCCUCUGUGAGCAUUGCCCAGUGGGCUGCCCCAUCCCUUGGUCCACAGGGGCUGCAGGGGGAGACCCAGUGAGAAUGUAGCAUUUUGCCCAGCCCAGGUUAGUUGUCCUGGGCUCUAGGCACUCUGCCUCUGAGAGAGAGGGAAAGAGAGGGAGGGGAAUGGGGAUCCGUUGUUUUUUAACCUGUACAGAGUAUUCGGCUUUAUGUUCUUCACAUGCGUAUAUGUGUGUGUGUGUGUGUGUGUAUAUAUUUUCCCCCAUCAAUUGGUACAAUUUUUAAUAAAACCAUUUAA